UCAGGUAAAAAUGGCUUCUUUCCAUGAUGCACAACAGUUCCGGGGAUUCACCCAGAACCGCCACGCCUGAGGGUAACGCCAGUUCGAGCGUAAGUGGUGGCUCUGAGGGCCACCAGUCUUCAACCUCCAGUGAUUCAUCCACGGAAGAGACAGCUAGUGGGGCGGAGGGCGUUGAGGAGGUUGGUUGCAGUGCGCCGGUAACAAGUGCAGCAGCAGAGGUGGUGGUGUUCAAAGGGUGGGAGAGCAAGGUUCUCAGUGGGAGGCUGGAUAACCUUCGUAAGGCUCCCAAAACCCUGCCAGUUAGCUUCAAGUUCAGGGAGGUGCUGCACCAUGAGGUUGCAGAUGGCGCGGCCAUGGUGAAGGGGUACAAGAAGUUGGAGGAGAUGGUGAGGCGAUUUCAUAUCCCCAGGACCAUCCUGAUCCGAGCUGGGACACCAAAUGAACGGGCGUGUUUAGUGUCGCGGACGGGCUGGGUGCUAGUAUACGUAGACCAUUUUGACGCCGAUCUAUGUUUUCCUCUGCCCGGACUAAUUUUUGAUGUCCUGGCAGAGUACGAGCUGACCCUUUCGCAACUUACUCCCAACAGCAUAAAGUUCAUCAUAGGCUUUAUGCUGUUGUGCGAAAGGCUGGGGAUGCCUGCAAAGGCGGUGGUCUUUAGGUCGCUCUUUCUGUGCCGUUUGUGCCCGUCCACCAGUGGGACGAGGUGGUACUACAUCUCGGGCAAGGAGAAGAUGAUGAUCUUCACCAACAUUAGAAAUAAGGUAGCGAGGUGGAAAAGACAAUUUGUGUUCGUGCGGGAUACGCGAACUGACAGGAUUAACAACGAGCUCACCGCCCGUCUGUCAGAGUGGCGUACGCCGAACACAUACAUGAACUACCCCCAGAUGACCAGUGGUGAUGUUGACCUGAAGAACCGACUGCUCGAUUAUGUGAAAGCGAGGGGGUUGGUGGAUUUGGAAACCUUGGUUACCCCGGAGCAGAUCGCAGUUCACGGAUUUGUCGACGUGGCAAAUCUACACUCUCAAGGAGAAAUGAGCAGCAUUCUUGAGAGGCAACAUCAGAGAGCACAAGGCUCUAGGAAUCGAGGAGCUGGGUCCGGUUCCCAACGCCAGUCUCGCUUUGACGAGCGGCCACCAGCUGCACCGGGGCGCAUCUCCCAGCACUGGGGUUCCAACUCGGCACAUAGGCCGCGUGUCGAGCAACGACCAGAACCAACGUCCUUAAGCGCAAGAAGGCGCGUACGGGAGGAUUUCGAUGCAGAGGACGACGUUCCUCUUACCCGACGGAGGACAAGUGCCGGCUCGCAGCCAGCUUCGGCCGUUGCUGCACGACCUGGCAACGUGCCCCCAGCUCCUGCUCGUGAGAACUUUGUGCCCCUCGCAGACCGGCUGCGUGUGAAAGGGCACAUUCAGCAGCAUGGGGGACAUGCUGCGCUGAUCAAGCUGAUGGAUGCGUUCAACUACACUGUCGCGCUGUUUGAGUGCGAGCAGGGAGCCCGAGUGCGAAACAACGAGCUCCAGACAAGCUGCAAACAACUAGCCACUGAAAAAGCCAGUUUGGCUGACGAGGUCAGUCGUCUGCAGAGCUCAAAGAUGGCAGACCGAGCGGCAUCAGUUGAAAGCCGAGCUGACGAGCUGGCCCGUAAGGUUGACGAGUUGAAGGAUGAGCUCGUGAGGGCCCGAGUGGAGAAGGAAAGUGGCAUCCAAGCUGCCAAGGAGGAGCUCGGCCGUGUAGAGGAACGGGCCAAGAAAGCGGAGUCUAACAGAGAGAAGACUCUGCACGAGCUGAGCUCCCUGAGGGAAAGGGUGGACGCCGUUGCAGUUGCCUCUGCUAACACUACCACGGACAUUUUCAACGAGGAGAUUAACGAAGAAGGAAAGAGCCUCGCCCCGCCAGCAGACACCUGGGUGAGGCUGAGAUGGAAGCUGAACGAGGAGGGGCUACCCGUGUGGCCCCCCUCUGUGAUUGAAGAGGGGGAGGAUACGGAGGGGUUACCAAGUUUUGACGCUUGGGUGGCAAACCCCCAUGAUGUGUCUGCUGAACCUUCCAGCACUCCUCCUGCUCAGCCUCAACCUUGCCCGCUACGGCCGCUGUUUCUGCUCCUUCUCCAAAUCGGCCAUCUCCUGCUCAGUCUACGACAGAGCCUAACAACGCAUCCAUCCCCGUCGACCUGACGGACGACUAGCUUAGGAUUUUUUGUUCUCUUUUUGUAUUUCUUUUUGUAUUUUUAUGCUAAUCAAUGAACUUAUUCACC